CUCUCCGGCAAUAACUCCUCUACACAUUCUCUUCCCCCUUUCUUCUUCUUCUUCCUCCUCCUCCUCCCCUCCCAUGGCCGCCCAGCUCUUCUUCUUCCUGAAGAACUCCUCAUCAUCUGGCUAUCCCUUCUGAGCUCUCACACGCAGCACAACUCCUUCUAGAUACAAAAGCGCAGGCCGAGAAGGAUACAUCGGAGUUCUCUCUAUACAUAUUUAGACAUAUAGGGUGCUUAUCUAGAUCUUUCACGGCCUGACAAGGCUCUCUGUGUUUCCUUCUCCUAGAUCUGCUGCUACGUACUUGUGCAGCUGUGCUGUUGCUUGGCAAGCAAGAUAUAUAUACCUCUCUCCAUAUAUAGCACAUGUUGUUUUGAUUGGAGGGAGAGAUGCAGGUGUGUAUGUGAAGAAAUGGAAGGUGUUUGGAGGAGGCGAUAGUUAGGGUUUUCAGACGUAGGCGGAGAUUACCAUGAUGAUCCCGGCGAGGCACAUGCCAUCGUCGAUGAUCGGCCGGAGCAGCGGCAGCGCAGCCUACGGAUCCUCAUCAGCACUGUCACUCGGUCAGCCAAACUUGCUGGACAAUAACAGUCAGCACCUGCAGCACGCGCUCCAGCAGCACCACCUCCUCGAUCAGCAGAUCCCGACGACGACGGCGGAGAGCAGCGACCACGCACACAACGGCAUGAUCCGCGGCCGGGACUCCAUGGACCCGCUGGGCGACGAGUUCGAGAGCAGGUCAGGCAGCGAGAACGUGGACGGCGACGCCGUGGACGCCGACCAGGACCCCAGCCAGCGGCCGCGCAAGAAGCGGUACCACCGCCACACCCAGCACCAGAUCCAGGAGAUGGAAGCUUUCUUCAAGGAGUGUCCUCACCCUGACGACAAGCAGCGCAAGGAGCUGAGCCGGGAGCUGGGGCUGGAGCCUCUCCAAGUGAAGUUCUGGUUCCAGAACAAGAGGACCCAAAUGAAGAACCAGCACGAGAGGCACGAGAACUCGCAGCUGCGGGCCGACAACGACAAGCUGCGCGCCGAGAACAUGCGCUACAAGGAGGCCCUCAGCAGCGCCUCCUGCCCCAACUGCGGCGGCCCCGCCGCGCUCGGCGAGAUGUCCUUCGACGAGCACCACCUGCGCGUCGAGAACGCGCGCCUCCGUGACGAGAUCGACCGCCUCUCCGCCAUCGCCGCCAAGUACAUCGGCAAGCCCAUGGUGCCCUUCCCCGUCCUCUCCAACCCCACGCUCGGCGCCGUGGGAGCCUACGGCGCUCACCCCGCGGACAUCUUCGGCGCUGCCGAUCUGCCGCCGAUGAGGGGCGCCGGCGGUGUGGACGCGGAGAAGCAGGGCGUCGUGGUGGAGCUGGCCGUGGCGGCCAUGGAGGAGCUGGUCCGGAUGGCGCGGAUGGACGGGCCCCUGUGGACGGCGGAUGGAACGCUGGACGAGGAGGAGUACGCCCGGAUGUUUGGCCCGCGCGGAGUUCUUGGGCCCAAGCAGUACGGCCUCGUCUCCGAGGCCUCUCGGGACGCCGCCGUCGUCAUCAUGACACCCGCCAGCCUCGUCGAGAUCCUCAUGGACGUCAACCAGUACGCGUCGGUGUUCUCGAGCAUUGUCUCCAGGGCGGCGACCCUGGAGGUGCUCUCCACGGGCGUGGCGGGCUGCUACGACGGCGCGCUGCAGGUGAUGUCGGUGGAGUUCCAGGUGCCGUCGCCGCUGGUUCCCACGAGGGAGAGCUACUUCGUCAGGUACUGCAAGCGCAACUCCGACGGGACCUGGGCCGUCGCCGACGUCUCGCUAGACGCGCUGCAGGGGAUCAAGUGCCGGCGCAGGCCCUCCGGCUGCCUCAUCCAGGAGGCGCCCAACGGCUACUCCAAGGUGACGUGGGUGGAGCACGUGGAGGUGGACGACAGGGCCGUGCACAACAUCUACAAGCUCCUUGUCAACUCAGGCCUCGCCUUUGGUGCGCGCCGGUGGGUCGGUGCCCUCGGACGGCAGUGCGAGCGCCUCGCCAGCGCCAUGGCCAGCAACAUCCCCACCAGCGACAUCGGAGUGAUCACAAGCACAGAGGGGAGGAAGAGCAUGCUGAAGCUGGCCGAGAGGAUGGUGGCGAGCUUCUGCGGCGGUGUGACGGCAUCCGUGGCGCACCAGUGGACGACGCUGUCGGGGAGCGGCGCCGAGGAUGUCAGGGUCAUGACCAGGAAGAGCGUGGACGACCCAGGGAGGCCGCCUGGCAUCGUCCUCAACGCCGCCACCUCGUUCUGGCUCCCCGUCCCGCCCAAGCGCGUUUUCGACUUCCUCCGCGACGAGUCUUCUCGCAGCGAGUGGGACAUCCUCUCCAAUGGUGGCAUGGUCCAAGAAAUGGCUCAUAUCGCCAAUGGGCGUGAUCAUGGCAACUGCGUCUCUCUCCUUCGCGUCAAUAGCACCAACUCGAACCAAAGCAACAUGCUGAUCCUGCAGGAGAGCUGCACGGACGCGUCGGGCUCCUAUGUCAUCUACGCGCCGGUUGAUGUCGUGGCCAUGAACGUUGUCCUCAACGGCGGCGACCCGGACUACGUCGCGCUCCUGCCGUCCGGUUUUGCCAUCCUGCCUGACGGGCCGGCCGGGAUCAUGCACGCCAACAGCGGUGUCGGCUCCGGCGGGUCGCUCCUGACGGUGGCGUUCCAGAUCCUGGUCGACUCCGUCCCCGACGCGAAGCUGUCUCUUGGCUCGGUGGCAACCGUGAACAGCCUCAUCGCCUGCACCGUGGAGCGCAUCAAGGCGGCCAUCUCUGGCGCAGGAAGCUCUCCGCAGUAGCUUCUCUAAAUUGAACAAUAUUUCUAUGUCCGUGUCAGAGGAGCAGUAAAAUUUUGGAGCUUUCAUCAGUGGGAAGUCAAGAACGCACCUCAGACUCUCCUUGCCAUGUGGUGCUCAUAGAUUUGGGCGAUUGUUUUGUGUCACCACUAUGCAAGGGCUGCUGGUUCGGGUAUUGACUUCCUCUUUGUGUCGGCCUCUUGGAUGCUGCUGCCUCUGGGCUUUUAGGGUUCUUGGUGUAGUACAAAAAAUCGUAAUUUUUCUGUCUGUAAUUCCUUCUAUCAGUCGUCGUCGUUGUUGUUCUUCAGACUUCCAGUACUCUGUAGGUGCUGCAGAAUAGAGACUUGUGCCUGUCUGCUGCUUUGGGUUUAUAAUUUUGUAGCGCUUCUGGUGAUCCAUCACCGUUUCAAUCCCAAAUUUGUGUUGUGA